AAUAAAAAAAAUUUAAUGUCACAACCUAUACAAAAUUAUUGGACUUUAGGUAGAGGAGAAAUAAAUUUUUUUGGAUCCUCGGUUCGGUUUGGAAAGCUGCGAGAACCCAAAUACUUGGAUUCGGGUCUCGACGCACAAUUCGAUCUUUGGACCGUCCCUCAUUUUUGUCAUCCCUGGGAUAAAAGCCGAAACCCUAGUAAAAUUUACCUUUCUUCUCCACACUCCGCAGGUAGGCUAAGCACACACAGCCGCCAAUUCUUCUUCGAGGGAAGUAUGAGAGUUAGUGUCUUGAAUGAUGCUCUUAAGAGCAUGUACAAUGCAGAGAAGAGGGGGAAACGUCAGGUUAUGAUCAGACCGUCCUCAAAAGUGAUUAUCAAGUUUCUUCUGGUCAUGCAGAAGCAUGGUUAUAUUGGAGAGUUUGAGUAUGUUGAUGAUCAUAGAUCUGGAAAAAUCGUGGUUGAAUUGAAUGGAAGGCUGAACAAAUGUGGGGUUAUUAGUCCUCGUUUUGACGUAGGGGUCAAAGAAAUUGAACCUUGGACUGCAAGGCUGCUCCCCUCUAGACAGUUUGGUUAUAUUGUGCUGACAACAUCUGCUGGCAUAAUGGAUCAUGAAGAAGCUAGGAGAAAGAAUGUUGGUGGAAAAGUGCUUGGCUUCUUUUACUAAGCAGAAAUUUUGAAGGAUUGUUUUUGGAACUUUUGGCUCAGUUUGUUAACCCUUUUAUGAAAAAAUUAUGUUCUAUGUUGGAGGUGGUUUCCAUUUGGGAUUUGGAUUGUUUUUGUUUUUUGUGUUCUUGGUUUGAGUACUAUCCUAAAACUCGUUGAAUUUGCUAGUUGCUAAAA